UCACAUUAUUUGGUUGGCGUGGCGGCUUAUCCUUUCUCUGCCUCUUAUCAAGAAAUAUAUACUAUUUCUCUCAGACCUAUUAUGUGUUCAUUAGUUCAACAUUCACACGCCUCUUAGAAAUAUCCUAAGUUUUAAGCCACUUGGUGAAGUUUGCUUAAAUGCUCAAAAAAUUCAUUCUUGUGCUCUUCGUCUAGAGUCUCAAUCGCAUCACUCACAGUAGUAGCAAUGGCAGACGAGAUUAUCUUGUUGGAUUUCUGGGCUAGCCAUUUUGGAAUGAGGGUCAGAAUUGCCCUGGCAGAGAAGGGUCUCAUGUAUGAAUAUAGGGAGGAGAACUUGUGGAACAAAAGCCCUCUGCUUCUUGAGAUGAACCCAGUUCACAAGAAAGUCCCUGUCCUGAUCCACAACGGAAAACCCAUUUGUGAGUCUCUCAUGAUUGUGCAGUAUAUCGAUGAGGUUUGGAAGGAUAAAUCUCCAUUGUUGCCAAGUGACCCUUACCAGAGAGCUCAGGCCAGGUUCUGGGCGGACUAUGUAGACAAGAAGGUUCCACAGCUGUAUCAUGAGCUUGGAAAGAAGAUAUGGUACACCAAAGGAGAAGAGCAUGAGGCAGGCAAGAAGGAAUUCAUAGAGUGCCUCAAGUUUUUUGAAGGAGAGCUUGGAGAGAAACCCUACUUUGGCGGUGAAAAUUUUGGGUUUGAGGAUGUGGCUCUAGUGCCCUUAUCUUGCUGGUUUUAUACAUACGAGAGCUUUGGCAACUUCAGCGUGGAAGAUGAGUGCCCCAAUUUGAUGGCUUGGGCCAAGAGGUGCGGGCAAAAGGAGAGCGUGUCGUCUUCUCUUGCAGACCCACACAAGGUCCAUGGCUUUGUCAUGGAGAUGAGAAAGAGGCUCGGUAUAGAUUAGAGAUGAAACAUUUAUGAGCAAGUUUAGUAGAUGAUCCAUGAUUUUUUUUUUUUUUUUGCCUUUUUCUGUAAUGUUAUUUCUAUACUUUGUUUAUUGAUAAUAUAUUUAUAUAAGAAGACCGCACCAGCCGAUCCAACUAGUUAAA